UGACGCCUCCAGCUGAUCUGGGGUUUGACAAUCGGUCCGAGUGGAUUCCUGCCGGUGGCAUCAUCUACUCCCGGUUCUUGCGUCUUUGGCUCUAAAGCAAGAAAGGCAAAGGCGUCUCAAUUUAGUGAGGUAAUUUAAAACGGGGGAACAGCAGAAAAUUACUGCGUACUGCCCCAAACUUUGUUCGAAAAAGGGAAAAAAUAAGAGGUCGAAAUUAAAAAAAAAAGAGGCCCCGAAAAAAAAAGCCAGAGAAAAGAGGAGCAGCUCAGACGCAGCUCUAAAAUCCUCCUCGCAGCCAAUAUGUCAGAUGAGCAAAUCGCUCGUCAGGCUGCCUCCAGCUUCGAUAGGCUCGAGAAUUUCAACUUUCUUCUCUCUCGACACGAUCCCGCCCUGGCAAAGAGUCGACAGUACUCCUUCGACGCCGAUUCUGCUGGCCUGGCACCGCCGCUCCAGAAUUUGAAUAUGGACUACGACCAAACCGAGGGAAUGGGCGGUCUGUCCGUCAGUUCCUACGACAGUAUCGAGGACGAACGCAGCCCGAUCGAUGUGCGAGGGUACCCGUAUGCUACCGGGAACAAAUCCAUCAACUACACCCUGCCGGACCAAAUGUUGUCCUACUCUGCUCAUCCAAUCUAUCCGCCCAUCUCAUAUGGCCCUCCUGACGACCUGGGCCAUGCUCCGGGGGCUCUGACGCCCUCGGACGUCUCAUCCUCUAUAUCACCGCCGAACGGACAAAUCGGCAACACGAAAUACAGCACGCAGAUCUCCGGCGACCACAUCGUCUCCGCUCUCGGCCAGGAAGAGCAUGUCCGCCACGCCGCCGAAGAGGAUCGACGACGCCGGAACACCGCCGCCAGUGCGCGGUUCCGCAUGAAGAAGAAGCAGCGCGAACAGACGCUCGAACGUACGGUGCGAGAAACCACCGAGAAGAACGCCAGCUUAGAGGCCCGCGUGGCUCAACUUGAGAUGGAAAACCGGUGGCUGAAGAACCUGUUGACCGAGAAACACGAUGCUUCGAGCAGUCGCAUGCCACCUCCCAGCGAGCCUCCCGCCUCGAGUCAAAAGAACAACUCCGCCGGAAGCGGGCAAAAACAUAUCCAGCCAAAAAAGAAGGGCGUGGGUACCGACAACUAAGGACUCAAAAGGAAAGCUCUUCUGAUUUGAUUUCUUCUGAUUUGAAAUUGUCCAACUCUUAUUUAUCUGCCUGCAUCACAUCGUUUUACUACUUUCCAGACAUACUUUGAGUUUU